AUGCAAUUCUUCAAGGUCCUUGCUUUCUCUGCUUUCGCCGCUAUGGCUACCGCUGCUGCCAUCCCUGCUCCCGAGGCUGCCCCGGCUCCUGUGGCUGAUCCUUCGCUUGGAAGCCUCCUUUGGAAGGCGUUGAAGGAAGGCGCUGAUAUCUGGUCGGACUCUCAGGACGACGACGACGACAACUAG